GCAUUCUUGUAAGCGUUCUAUUAAAACGUCCAACAAUCCCAUUAGACUGAGGGAUGAGGUAGAGUGUUAUGCGUUUCCUGUAUAUCAAGUAACUGACACAUUUCCUUAAAAAGAUUACUUUCCUUUUGCAACCGGACUUGAUCUGAGUGUACCACCGCUAGCAAUCACCUCCACAACAAUCUUUGCAGUAAACGUUGACGCUUCCAAAUUAGGUAUUGCACAACAUUCACUCCACUUCGUGAAGUAGCCUACAACAACCAGAAUGUGUAUGUUUCCAUUGGUCGUUAAAGACCAUUCACAUUGCCAUGCAACUUGCCUGGGCAAUGUUCAAUGGUGAACUCAUAUGUUGAAAAAAAACAUCCAUCCAUCGAGUGCGUUGACCAAAGGGAUCUUUAGAGUUCAUGAACCAUCUCAGUGAGCUGUAAUCAGUACGCAUUUUGAAUUGGCAACCGUACAGGUAGUGCUUAGAAUAUUUCACCAAAUGGUCUGCAGCCAACGAUUCUUUUCUCGUGACGCAAUGUUUUUUUCCGGAUUUUAUUAAAAUCCUACUUGGAAACGCAUUGGACCGUUCUAUGCCAUCUUGAACAUGUGACAAUACUCCGCCAAUAGCAUAGCUGCUUUCGCCUGUGUCCAAGAUAAAUCUUGUAUUCGCAUCCCAAUGGGGUAGAACAUGGUCGACAAUUCCUUACGAAGGAUAUCAAAGGCAUCCUUGCACUUUGUCGAUUCAGCUCCGUCCUUGUGGUUUUUGUUUGGUAUUCUUGACUGCUGUAUUGUGAUUCACUAUUGAGACAACAUGUACUCACUUAUUCCAAGGAUAUCAAAUGUUCUUUGAAUCACAGAAGGCUGGCUGUUAUUCUUGUUGGCUUUAACAAGGCUUUCAUCAACAACACUCAGAUUUACCAAGAUUUUUAGUGUCUGGCCUUGCUCCUCUUCAUCGCUUUGUGUUUGGAAGAUGAAAAUAACGAACAGUCGUCAAGCUCAUGACACCUAUAAAGAAUAGGGAAAAAAAGGGUUUGGCAAACACGGACCCCAGGACAUACCACAGAUCUGUGUGUAAAUAAACACCCCAAAACAGGGAAACGGAGACGUCACUAACAGGUCGACAAACUGUGGAAUGAUCAAUUCAAACUACGAACUUCACCAAAGAGAGCCCUGUAUAUUACCAUGCUGUCAUAAAAGCAUAUGUAGCCGAUGUUUAGAGAAAAUUCUUGAUGAUCAGGAAAUAAACAAAAAAUGUCCAAAUUGUCAAAAGACACUGGAACAAGAGACACUGACAGAUUUCAGUCUGAAUGUAGUCAUCCAGGAAGCAUUGAAUUUUCAGCACUUUGGAGAAAUUGACUGUGAUCAGUGUACACACGAGAGAAAAGAAAAAGCAAUAAAAAUAUGCAAUAAAUGUGGAUCACUAUGCAGCAAAUGUUGUAGCAGUCACAAUCAAAUGAAGAUCUUCAGAAGUCAUGAAAUAAGCUCUAUUCCAGUUGAAAAGUGGUCAAUUAAUCUAUUGAGGGUUUUUAAGCACCCAAUCAAAUGUGAAUCGCACAAAAAUCAGAACCUGAACUCUUUCUGCGAAAGAUGUAAGAAGGUAAUUUGCAAAGAAUGUAUUGAAAUCAGUCACAAGGAUUGCAAAGAAGCGAUACACACAGUGGAAGAGGCAUUCAAAAAUGUAAAUGAUUCACUCAAAGGUGAUUUGAAAACAAUUGAUUUACUUUCGGUUAAAAGGAGAUGCCUGCUAUUAAAACAAACACAGGAACAACAUCUGGAAGAUAUAGAUAGGGAAAUAGAUGCCUUAAAGCAACAAUGCUUAAAUACAUUGAAAAGUAAUUUUGAUGCAGUUAGGCUGGAAUUUCAAAAUAAAGCACAGAAAUUCAGAACUGGUUGCAACAAAACAAUGGAGCAAAUAAAAGAGCUGGAAAAUUCCCAUAACAACAUAUGUUCUUUCAUUGAAGAUGCAUCAUUAUUGCAAAACAAAGUCGGGUUUCUUCAAUGUGCAAAUCAAGUGAAACACAGCACUGAAUAUUUGCGGGACAAUUUGAAACAAGUAGACAAAGUGGAUGAAAUCGAUUAUCUCAGCUGGAUAAAGGAAAUAUUCAGUGACCUGCAUUUAUCUGUUGGAGAGCUGUCUGUGGUUUUUGCGUUAGGUGUUGCAGAGGAGUGCAACGGCUAUCCUUCAAUUCUAGACAUUCUGAAAAAGUAUCGCUUCUUAACCAUGGAGAAGGAAAGAUGUAUUCAAAUAAACCAAAAUUCUGUAGAACAAUAUCCUACUCUUUACGAUGUGAACUUUGAGAUGGAGCAGUUUCCACGUUAUCAUUAUCAUUUUGAUUUGGUACAAAAGAUGCUUGAUAGUAAAGAACCGGUGGACAAGGAUGUCAUUACAUCUGAUGUAUCGACAGCUAUUCAUAGAACCAUUCUCGUAUCUGGAACAGUCAAAGAAAAUGACCUGGAACUUCUAAAGCCAUUGACAGUUAAUACAUUAACAAAAACGAAUGGUUUCCUUGACAAAGGGAACGAUCACGCUAUUUUGAUAUUCUUUACUGGUGCAGAAAGUAGAAUUCAGAGUCUGGAGGAGGAACAAAUGAUCGCCAGCUCUGCAUGGUCUCUGUUUAUAACAUCAGAAACACAAUCAGGAGAAAAAUAUUCACGACUCAAAGAAGAUGGCCAUUUCUCUAUUGUGGCUCCUGACCCAGACGCGAUAUGGAACAGUCUAACAUCGGCACUAGAGCUUCCUCUAAUAGAAAUUCUGAAAGAGAGGAAACGAAUUACAAAGUCAAGAAGAGGUUUUCUGGCAGACAUUGACACUGUCAUCAGACGUAUAGAAAACUGUUCUGCCUUCACAGCCACUAGGGCUAAACAGAGACCAACAGACAUUCCACAGGAAAUUAGAAACGUCCUGAAAAGGUUUGAAAUUCACAUUCUCCGGUAUGGCUUCUAUUUCUACGUUUUCCGAGUGAUCGUCCACGACAACCAUGAACAGGAUGUAAAAGAAGCUUUAACAGCUGCAGCUCCACCAAGUUUUCGUAAAAUAGUGGUUAUACCCCAAAACAAAUUUAAAGAAGAAGUCAAGCCGUUCACUGGCAAACCCCAAGCCCAGGGAGGGAAGCUAUAUCAGUCAAAUGAUCCGCGACCCAUGGCAUUUUCCGACGACCUUUAUGGAACUCUUGGUUGUCUUGCAAUACUGAAUCGAGAAAGCACUGUUGCACUAUCAUGUAGACAUGUGUGUGUAAAACAAAAUAUCGUAUACAUAGAAAAUGAAUUGAAUGAAAGAAUACCUUUAGGGCAAUAUCUUUAUAAUUCAAAAGAAAAGGUUCAGAUGAUUCAAAGCGAUUUGGCUAUCAUAAGAGUUGAUCCAGAAGCAGAGAAAUGUUUUUCAGAUAAACGACUACUUAAUCAUAUGGGAAAUCCAACAAAGACUAAAGUGUCUAAUUUAGAAGACAGUUUGGAGUUAUUUGGAGAAAUUGUUCAUAAGUUAGGUGCCACUUCACAAUGGACUCAGGGUAAAAUUGUCUCUUCGGAAAUUAUAGAAAAUUUACACGGCGUCAUCGCAGUUCAGGGGAUGAAUGAUGAAGAGUUUGGUAAACCAGGGGAUUCUGGUUCCAUAGUGUUCCGAGAAUUGUUGGAUUCAAGAGAACGAAAACUGGAAGUCGUUGCUGUGUUAACGGCUGGUAAAUAUGAAUCCAGAUCCGAUUCAGAGGUAGAAAUAAAAGAUCAAGAAGACGAACAGAGCUCAAACCUGGUCUUAUGUUUAGUAUUCAAAACUGCUUUUGAAAACUUGAAAAAAUGCGACUUCUCUUUGCAAUCCAUUACAUUUUUCAACGACUAAUUUUGAACAACAAAGAGGUAUAGGUUAGUCCUCAUGAUUCACAGAACCAACAUCCAGGCAGUGCAAUCAAUAUAUUUAGUUAUUUGAAGAGUGUCAUGUCAUGUUUGGAUCAUCGUUGCCAUCCUUGCUCCCAGGAAAAUAUACUGUACACACAUCAUUAAUGCUACCAUGUGAUUGGUCAAUAACUGUAUGAUGAGAAUGGCAUCAUUAUUACCAUAUGAUUGGUCAAUAACUCUAUGAUGAGAAUGGCAUCAAUAUUACCAUAUGAUUGGUCAAUACAAUCUUUAUUGAGUGUGGCACGAAGCUUUUAGUACUUUCACUCCAAGCCCUCUUGAUAAAUUGGAUCCGAUAUAGGAUGUCGAAUUAUUCUAGAUACUGUAGAGUUUUGUUGAAUUGUUAUUGAUCCUAAUAUUUUGAGACGGUCCCGAAGUGCUAUUCAUUGAAAUUUAGUUCAUUGUUCUUGUUGUAUCAAUUAAGGAAGUUAGCUCCUGAACUUUUGAGCACAACUGCGCAGGGUGCUAUAACUAAGUAUUUACUGGUUCAAUACUGAUCCCAUUGGCGCAAAUAUAUUGCACAUUUAUUACUGAACUCUAUCCAUUUGAAAAAGGUUUUGUCAAUUCAAAUCUUGAAAGGGUUUGGCAGGGACUAUAUUUUGUGGCGGAAGGAUUUAUUAAUCAAAAACUUCUAAAUCUGCGUGAUAUUACACCACCUGGUUCAUCUAAUAUAUAUUCGCCAAUAAUUAUAUUACUCCUAAUAUGUCUUUUCAAACUCUCUGACAUCAUGAAUUGUUUCGUAUUUCAAGUGCCAAAUGGUCAUUAUUUAUUUCCAUUACUUGUAUUAAACUUUUUUAUUUGUAUUGUUAGAAGACAUGACUAUGUAUCUAUUCUAUGUAAUGAAUGAUAUGUGUUGCUUAUAUUGUGUUGGCACUAACAGAUAAAUCAAGUUUAAUUGACUAGAUUUUAAGUGCAAAAAAGUCACGUUUAGAACAUUGUAGCUCAAUAACAAGCAUUGCAACCUCAGUUUUUCUUUUCAGUUUCCUAAUUCUCCUUCAACGUAAACAUUGAAAAUGCACUUCCUAAAAAAUUGACAUUACUCUAAAUGUCAGAUGCGAACCUCUUUAAUAACUUUUAAAGUGAUGACUUAAAAACGAUGCUGAUUGGAUGAAAAAUUUGUUUGAUUCGUUUGAUUUCUUAGUCAAAAAAAUUCGUUCUGAGUUCAGCUGCACUAAGCACGAGAGACUACUUUUCUCUGGAAUGCGUGAUAAUUUUAGCGCUAUUCAUAGAACGCGAAUUUCCACACAAGCAAUAUAAACGCAAUGCAUUCGUUUGAUUUUUGUUUUUUAUUGCUAUAAAAUAUAAACACAAACAAAUAUAUGAAUAAAAUACAAAUUUAAAGAAACAAUAUAGUGAUGACGUGGUAGAAUAGUGAACUUCAUGACGUAGACCACUGACUGGUAGAAGUAGUACACGAGUUCCCUGUAUGUAUCGUCUGCUUUACAAUAUGAUUAAUUUAGUAAUUUGUAUCAAUUUUGAUCGGGAUCGUUACUUUUUUCCAGUUUGAAAAUGGUGAUUAUAUCUAAAAUUUGGACAUUUCGUUUCAAUUUCUUUUUAUAAUAUAUCCCUUCAAUAUAUCUCUUUUUUAUCUGGCAUGUUUUUUUUUUAAAGAUUGUAUCCUUAGAUUUAAAAAAAUAUUAACAAAAAACGUUUUCAAUUUUAUAAAUAUUUUUUAUCUAAAAAUUAGAACGUUUAUAUCUGAAUCUUAUAGGCAUGUUUUAUUAGAUAUUCAUACCAUGCACCAAAUCACAGCGAAAUUUGGACUGGAGAAUCUCUUACCUGCAAACAAAAACACAUUUUUCAUCAUUCCGGGCAAAUCACAAAAAAAUUCAUAUAAAAUAAUUGAGAGCUUGUAUCACUCUUUCGAUGGUGAAAUCAUACUUCAAUUGAUAAUAUCAACUAAAGGCAGUACCAAACAGGUAUAUCGUUCAAGGCUUUUUUUAAAAUUACAAGACUUUUCUUUCUUGUAUUGAACUGCAUCUAUAGAAUUUUUUUUAUAAAGGUCACAAAUCCUGCCUUGACACUUAAGUCAGAAAAAAUUUUCAAGCUAUUUGCCGUAUUCAAUACAGUAUGAAAAGAGAAUCUAUAGUUAAAUUUUAAAGAAAAAAUAGAAGUCACAUUUCAAGACAUAUAUAUUAUACAAUAAGAAUAUUAAACAAAAUUACUUAUUUAAAAGGUAUUUUACAUACCUAAAACACUUGGAUAUAAACGUUCUAAUUUUUUUUUUUUAAUAUUUAUGAAUAUUGAAAUAAAUAACACUAAUAUUUUAGCUCACCCGACCAUUUUCAACUAAACUUGGCACAAAGGAUCCUUAGUUGAUGGGAAUUUAAUUUUGUUCAAAUGAAGGGCCACACCCUUCUCCAAGGCAAAAUGAUAGCAAAAUAAUGAAAAUACAUUAACAACUUUUAAAAAUCUUCUCCUGAACCAAUGAACCAAUUUCAACCAAACUUGGUACAAAGCAUCCUUAGGCGCGAAGAAUCAAGUCUGUUCAAGUGAAUGACCACUCCCCUUUCCAAGCGGAGAUAACAGCGAAAUAGUAAAAAUACAUUGACAGCAUUUAAAAAUCUUCUCCAGAACCUCUUUGCCAAUUUCAACCAAACUUGGCACAAAGAAUGCUUUGGUAAAGGAAAUUCAACUUUGUUCAAAUAAAGCGCCAUGCAACCUUCAAAGGGGAGAUAAUUUAAAAAAAUGCAAAAAUAGGGUGGGGUCAUUUAAAAAAAACAACCACUGGACCAGAAUAGUUGAAAUUUACAUGAAAGCUUUCGGACAUAGUGCAGAUUCAAGUUUGUUAAAACCAUGACCCCCGGGGUUAAGUUGGGGCCACAAUAGGGGAUGGAAAUUUCGCAGUAAAAUAUGUAGGGAAAAUCUUCUCAAGAACCAUUGGGCCAAAGAAUUUUACAUUUACAAGAAAACUUCCUGACAUAAUGCAGAUUCUAGUUUGUAUGUUACAUGCAAAUAUAUAAGAAAACUCUUUAAAUAUGGGCCAAGGUAUCUGCGCGAUGUGUCCCAUGGGCAUCUUGUUUAAAUCUACAGAUGAAAUCUUCAAAACAAAAAACAUGUUAGCUAGAAAAGAGAUAUUUGGAAGAAACAUAUUUUAAAAAUAAUUUGAAACGAGAGAGAAAUCAAUAGAAAUUACUAAAAUAAUCACUGCUAAUUGUAUGCAUUGUCCAUGAAGAUUUGGAAAAUUGUAGUGUUUCUGAAUUUUGACCAUUCCCUCUCAAUUUCUAGAGUCCAGAAAGUGCCUUCCGCAACAUAUUAAGGUUGCCAAAACAUUAACGUUUAAAAAAGAAACUAUUAAAAACCCACCUUUAAAAAAAUGUUUUUCCUGAUUUUUAAGCUUCUUGCACAGUAUAGGGAUUUUUUCAAUGCCCGUUUUAAUGCAAAUUUCUAAAUUUUCUUAAUACUUUUGCAUAGUGCUCGACAUAAAAAAUAAAAAACAACUUUAGCUAUU